UUGUGACGUAGCUAUAUUCAUUUUCGUCGCGGAACUCGAGCGCGAAGGAGGUAACGCGAGUCUUUCCGCGUAUCGUGAAUUACUUUUUGAAGAAUGAAAUUGUACCUUUAUCUCGUACCUUUCGCAAUUAUCGGUAAACUCUCUUUAUCAGUUGAAGUAUAGUGUGUGCCGAUAAUCAUGAUAUCGAGAGAAUAAUAUGCGUAUCAGUGAACGGAUAGGGUAGGUUAGGUUAGAAUAGGUGAGCCGGUAUUUGCGUAUCGUAAUAUAAAAUUUGCGUAUUGUAAUCCGUUCAAAUGCACACUUCGCAAGACUUAUUUGACUGAAGUCUGUUGUGAGAAAACAAAUCCAAUCAUAUAUUUGAAUAUUAGACUGUUCGCGAGGAUAUUUUUAACUAAUAUACUUUUCAUUCGUAUAUAUAAUACGCGUUACGAUGCAAGAUAGAAUUGUUUCAAAGUGCAAACGUAUGUUGUUUAUUAAAAACAGAGGCAAUAUUUCCGCGGAAUAUAUUCGAUCACAUUCGGUCGUGUAAAUUUAGGCAGUUAAUUCAUCAUAAUAUAAUAAAAUACGCGUUUUAUAAUCGGGAGUGUCGUACAAAUAUCGCGCGAAUUAACCGUUUUCGUGAGUGAUAUUGUGUAAGUGCCACAACACAAGGAUGAACGAGGAGGAAGAAGAGAAGGAGGAGAAGGAGGAGGAGGUCCAGGAAUGCAUCGGACACCGAGAAUCGAAGGCAAUGAUAGACAACCAUAAGACGGGCAACAUCGCAGGAAUAACGGGCUGCGGAUCGCGUGAUCCACCGAGAGAUGUCAUCGAGCAUGACAUCGUCGCACGAGCCGACGACGACGAUGGCCGAGGCGGAGCUGGACAGCGACGGUUCGAGCUGCGGCGAGCGCGACACGUGGAAGCGCGUCCGCGGCGAUUCCGCCGAUCUCGGUGUCGGUAUCAAAAAACGUCGGAAGCAAACAACACCGGUAAGAUUUUCGUCCAGUAUAGCGACAGGCGCGCAUGAGGAUGGGUGCGAGGACGAGCGCGAGGACGAGGAUAGCGAAGGUAAGCCGUCAUCGCGAUCGCCGUUGCCGGGCAACGAGCAUCACCAUCGUCAACACCACUAUCAUCAUCAGCCGUCGUCGAAAGACGAGAAUCUCAACAACGAGUUUCGUUGCCACUUCUGCGGCCGGUUCUUCGAUAGCGACGAGACGCUCAACGUCCACGUGGACGGCGAACACGGUGGCGCGAGACAGGCGACACCGAGCGUCACCGUCAAGGUAGAACCGACGCAGCAGCUGGAUCAGACUAAUGAUGGUCCCGUUAGCCUCUUAAGCGUCAAGAACUUCGCGACUACCUGGCUGGCGUCCGGCAGCCAGCAACACGUGCAAUCGCAGACGCAGAUGCAAUCGCAAGGCGAGGACUCGUGGUCAGGCGGUCCGGUCAAUCAGAUCGUCACGAUGACUAAUCACUUGCAGGCGCUCUCGGGUUUUCCUGGCGCCCUCGCGCAGUAUCUACCCUUGCCGAGUUUUCCCCUACCCGAUCCCCAGCAAGUCCCGAGAUCCUCCCUCGGUCCGAUGCCGGUCAAGAUUUUUAAUCCGGACGCGUACUGCGAUAUGUGCAACAAGGAGUUCUGCAACAAGUAUUUCCUGAAGACGCACAAGGCGAAUAAACACGGGAUCUAUGUGGAUUCGCCGGCGCCGAGCACGGUUACGGAUGCCGCUAAUGUAUUCGGCGCCGCGAACUUUCCUACAGGUAAUACGAGCGUGAAGCUGGAACCACCGACGACGCCGCCGCAGAAACGUUUUCGCAACGAGGAAUCUGCCAUAAAAAAGCAGAAGCAAAAAAAUGAAUCGUUGAUGGAUCAGCAAUCGGACAGCCAACAGAUCUCUCUGUCGCAGAACGAGGAGGAUCGAGAGACUCCGCGCGACUCCGCGCGACUCAGUCCCAGCGGCAUGGAGGCGCUUCUUAAGCAGGAAUACGGCAUCGAACAGGAAGACGCUACCUUUAUGCCGGCUCCUAGACACCUUUCGCCCCAGUCCAUUCAACAGGCGCGCGAUUCCGGCUUCAGCGCCGAUCUUCUGCGUCGUCUGGGCGUCAUAAAUCCCGACGCGUUUUGCGAAAUCUGUUGCAAGGAAUACUGUAACAAGUACUUCCUGCGCACGCAUAAGAUGAAACGGCAUGGUAUUGUGGUGCAAGACAACGAGAGGUCACCUGGUAAUCCUGGCACGACUGUCGCCACGUGGCACCAAGUGCAGACUAGUCCGCUGAAUCUGAUCGUGGCCGAUUCCAUCGCCGCAGAGUCCAACGAGCGUAUCGGUGAAGAGCACGAGUGCAAAUCUUGCGGGAUCCGCUUCCAAACGAUCGGUCUUUAUCAGGCGCACUGCAGGAAGAUACACGAGGGCGAAGAACGUGGCACGCCGAAGCAAGAAUAUGACCUAGAAAGUUCCGAUCAGCGCACCGAUUCGAUCUCGGAGGAUCUUCAAAAGCUGCAGACAAUGAUCAUGCAACUGAAUGGCUUGGAUUCCGAUAAAGGAUUAUCCUGCGGCGUCUGUGGUAAAGAGUGCGACUCGAGGUCGGCUCUGCGCGUUCAUAUGGCGACCGAACAUGGUGUCGUCAAUGAUGAAAUUUCGUCGCCGCAGGAAACAUCGCCAACGCAGAUCGUUUCGACUAUCUUCUGCACUUUGUGCGAGAAGGAUUACCCCAGCCAGGAGGCUCUGAGGAGACACAUCAACGAGGAACAUCAACCUGUUGUGUCCAGCGUUAUCACACCGCCGACACUUCCGCCGACGAUAAUCUCCUCUCCCGCCAGCUCGACACCAACUAAUCAGGCUCUAAGCAAUCAAACGAUGACGAUAACGACGACGGCGACGACGACGACGACGACGGACAAGAAGAUGACGUCAUUGACGCCGACAUCCAGCUACUGCGAAAUAUGCAACAAGGAGCUGUGUAACAAGUAUUUUAUGAAGACGCACAUGCAACGAAUGCACGGCAUCGAAAUUGAAAAUGGUGCGCAGAUCGGUGGUGUUAUUUGCAAUAUUUGCAACAAAGAGUUGUGCAGCAAAUAUUUCCUACGCGUUCACAAGCACAAUACCCACGGGAUCGUCGAUGAGAACACGUCGUCGGCAUCAACAUCGAAUAAACAAGAACCUUACGACGCUUCCAGCGCAGAGGAUUCGGUAUUGAAGCAGGAAUUGAGCGAUCUUAGUCAUAAGUAUUUCAUUCACUUCACCGAGGUAUGUCCGAUCUGCAAUCGGAGGUUUCGCAGCAUCAAGUGGUUGAAAGCCCAUUUGAUGGGCGAUCAUGGCAAAGUCGGGAUUGAUAAAUGGCGCGAAUUAGAACAGCAAUAUCAAGAAACGCCCAGAACCAGCGGCAAAAGUGCUGUCGCUCCAGUAAAGAACGUCCAACAAACGUCGAAUCUGAAGAUUCCCAAUGGCUUUGAGAUUCAACAAGUCAAGUCGACCGAUUGCACCAAUCUAGGAAAUCAAGUGUUGUCAAAUUUCUUUGGUUCUUCGUCCGAGGAACACCAGUUAAAAAAUUAUCAUUGCGCCUAUUGCAACUUUGCGACCUCCGUGUUGCCGUUACUCUUCUUUCACGAGCGAUCACACGUGAGUUUGCAGGAAGGUGACCGGCCGUUGCAGUGUCCGAUUUGCUUGCAGGACUUCCAUCAACUGGAACUACUUCAUCAGCACCUACUCGCUAAGCAUCAAAUCCCAACUUUGCUAUCGCAGUUUCAGUAUCCUCUUCUGAAUAAUUUGAGAUCGGACGCUGAUGUCAAAGCGAGCGACGCUAAGAACAAAGCCGAUCAAGAUAAGGACAACCGAGCGGGAUGCAGUCCGCAGAUCGAUAAAAAUAUUCCCGAGCCCGCGAGGAACCAACAGCAGGAUGAAACCGCCGUGCAGGUGACUGCUCAUGGCGCGUACAAGUGCGCUCAGUGCGGAUACGCGACGACGAAUCUAAAUCGAAUCAAGAAACACGUGCGAAAAGAUCACAAAAUGAUCGGCGAUCCAACGGAGAGCGUGAUCGCCGAACUUAGCAAGACUCUGAAAGACGUGGCGAAUAAGCAGAAGGUACCGGCCUGUUUUGCGAUGCCGCAGGACAUGAAUUCGAACCCCGAUAAAACCAUCAUGCAACCGUUCUUGAUCGAGGAACAAGAUCUGAUGCAGGCGGGCGUCGAAUCCAGCUCGGCGAAGAGAUUCGCGCCAGCUCUGGUCUAUUUGCCAGUUAAAUCCAGAAUCGGCAACGUCUUAACCGCUUCCUUCACUCUCACCCCCGCCUGAGUUUAAAUUUUUAUCGUAUCUGCCUCGCACCUUCGAGCAUGAGCGACAGCAUCUACAUCUGCGAUCCGAGCACAUGGUAUUGAUUCCUAUUUAUUGUGCAAGACGAGCGGCAAGUAUUAUUUGCACCACAAUAUUCUGAUGUUUCAUUAAUUUUUACGUAAUUUUUCGCAAUUUUUACAAACUCCAUUAUUAUAGGUUAAACAAGCUCUCUGAUUUCAUAUUGCGAAUUGGUAAAGUAAA